UCAAAGCUGAAGCAGCAGCUACAGCAGCAGCAACAGACAAACAUGUGUGUGAAGGGUAUGGCUAUAGCCUUGGCUGUGCUAUUUUGUGCUACAAUUGUUCCAGGCUUCCCUAUGUUUAAAGGAGGACGUUGUCUUUGCAUAGGGCCUGGUGUAAAAGCAGUGAAAGUGACAGAUAUUGAGAAAGCUUCCAUAAUUUACCCAAGUAACAACUGUGACAAAAUAGAAGUGAUUGUCACCCUGAAAGCACACAAAGGAGAACGGUGCCUAAAUCCCAGAUCCAAGCAAGCAAAUUUUAUAAUCAAGAAAGUUGAAAGAAUGAAUUUUCUAAAAAUAUCAAACAUAUGAAGAGGAUUUGAAAACCCAGGACAAGUUUCACUAUGACUACUGAAAUGAUAUGCAUGCUGCAAUAGGAAACUGACUCUCCUGCCUGCUGUAAUAUGCAUUUGUGCAUUUUAGGAUUAGAGAAUCUUCUAGGAGUUUUGAUGCUUAUACUAUUCUGCUGUGGCUACAUAAACAUUUCUGUCUCAAGAAAUUAUUUGUCUGCACUUGAUUUAUAUUUCAUGUUAUAAUUUGCAGUUUCAAUGGAGAAAUUAAGAUUAUUUCUGGAAGGAAGACUUUACAAGGCAAAAGCAUCCAUAUGUGUGGUAAAACAUUCCUGAAACCAUUUUUCAUGCAAAUCCACAUUUCUUUUCCCUAAAUAAUGUAACAUUUAUAUAUAUAGAAAAAGUUCUUAUACAUAUUGUUUGUUUUAUAACUUAUAAAUGAUGAUAAACUCCUGAGAACUCAAGUAUUUCAUAACUGAAUUAGUAGCUGUGGUCUUAGUGUGAUUUUUUUUCAACUUUUCUUUUCCAUUGAGAUGUUUUUAAGCAAUUAGUAUUGUUUACUGUAUAUUUUGGUUUUAUCUAUUCUUAUAAAUGACACACAGAAAUAUC